AUGCGCUGCUACGGGCAUAUUGCACCGAAAACCCAAACAGGCAAAGUGGUGACGAUCUUCUACGCGAUUUUGGGGAUACCACUGAUGCUAUUAUGUCUAUCCAACAUCGGCGAUGUGAUGGCUUCUUCAUUCAGACGUUCCGUACGUGGUGGCAGUGUUCGUGGCUCGACGCGACGACGGCCGCGCCCUCUAGAAAGAGCACAUUCCGAUACAGACUGCAGAUACCGUGAUAGUGGUUACAGCAGUGGACGCGUCCGAAGACCUCGCCAGCCAAUUCCAAUAACACAUCCUGCUUCUUUGCCCCGCACCAGGUCGCAACCACCACAACACGCUAAAUACGAAAGGCCCUAUGGGCCAAGAGAUUACGACGUAGAAGAGAACUCUCCAGUUCGCUAUGAAAAGUAUGAUAGAGGUCGGGAUCCCUAUGACGAUGAAGAAGAAGAAUUCCCAAAAAUAUCUUUACCACUGCAAGACUUGGAAGCAGCAUUGAAAGAUUUAGAAACCCACCAAAUGAAGGUUUCAAAGCCUGAGCUGCGAAGCAAAUCCUUGCCAAGACCAGCUAAAUCAAAACCCGAAUACGGCCCAAGACGAGACUUUGAUGAUCAGCGACAUUUUGAGGAUGAACCCAAAGAGAUGUUUGAAAUGCAUGAUUUACAUGACGUUGACUAUGAGAACUAUAAGGAGAAGAAGGCUUUGGAACGAGAAAGAAAUAAGGAGAGAGACGAUUUGUACGGUAUGCGAGAUCGUGGGUAUGAUCCAGAAGAUGAAGAUUUUGAUUUUGAUUACUCCAGGGGAAGAAGGCCAAGACGUGAUUAUAGGAAUGAGCGUGGUAGGUCAGAAUACUAUGAACGUGAUCAGGUGGAGCCGUGGGAGCGUCGACAACGGAGAGCUCGAUCAGCCAUCUAUGAUUACGAGCAGCGAUUGCCUGAGGAACGUCCUCCUCAACCUCAUCACUCCAGACCUCUGAGGAGAUUGCAUACAGUUGAUGAUACCAGACCGAAUUAUAGACACUCACCGUCGUUGGAGAGAGACGACUGGAGCGACGAGGUAGUCGCAGUGCCUCGCCGAAGUAGACCACCACAAGCAUGGAGCUCCCGGCAAUCUGACAUUUAUCAUCCGCCGUCAGAUGUAGUGGCGAAAGACCAGAUAAAACCAGUACCAAUCUGGCUGUGCGUGUUCCUGGUCGCGUCAUACAUCGUGGCAGGCACGUUCCUGUUCAAGCGAUGGGAGUCUUGGGCGUAUCUGGACGCAGCCUAUUUCUGUUUCAUCACUCUCACGACUAUCGGGUUUGGUGAUUUCGUUCCUGCACAGGGUCGUCGAAAAGAAUCAGACGAGAGCCACCGUGGCGCGAGCGAAGACGCCGCUGCCGCAGUCCACUCCAUUGCUCUAUGCUCCUUGUACCUGCUGUUCGGCAUUGCACUUCUGGCAAUGUCUUUCAAUUUGGUGCAAGAGGAAGUUCGCGCCAAUGUAGCAGCACUCGCCACCAAACUAGGCAUCAUCAAGCCCCGGGACAACCACGAAGAAUCAGAUAGUGACUAUUGA